CCGACUUCCACAUUACUUCACACUUUCAUUCAGAUUAGGUUACCUACGCGAUAAUUCCGUGUAGGGUCCAUGGAUCAACUUCACGUCUAUCAGCAAUUUGUUGGUACUGCUGCAGACAGAUAAAGCAGAGAACUUUGUUACCCAUGAUGUGUUUUGAAGCCGGGAGCUAAAAUUUGUUUACAUAUACCGAGAAACAGUAGUUCAUGUGCUUAUUACGUCACAAUAAGGUGUCUGAACUCUGAAGAGAGGUGUUAAUUCCGCGAACAUGAAAGCAAUGACCAUCGAUGAAGAACAAAGUAGUGGUUCUAAAACAAAUGGAAAAGGAAAUGGACUUUUGUUGUACUAUCACCAUUACUCAUUUUAUUCCCAAAAGGUUCUAAUGGCACUGUAUGAGAAGAAAUUACCGUUCAAACCCAGCAUCGUCAACAUUACCAAAGGAGAACAGUUCGAGCCAUGGUUUUUGCACAUAAAUCCAAGAGGGGAAAUACCAGUAUUGCAAGACGGCGUGAAAAUAAUUCCUGAUUCAGGAAGAAUAUUAGACUAUUUGGAGGACAACUUUAGUAACGGUGAUACACGACGACUUAUACCAUUGGAUCAAGGACCCGAAGUUCGUCAGAAGGUUAUUCAUUUUAGGUCAGUUAUAGACCAAUUACCAUCAGGGGCAAUUACCUUGGGAUCAUUUUUUCAUCCUCAGUAUUCUCAGAAACCAAAACUACCAUUCAUACAGCCAGUAAGAAGAAUGUUACAAUCUGCAGAGAAGAACAGCUGCAUGACUCUUAGAUAUCAUGCAGAGAAGAAUCCUGAGUCUCGUGAUGUCCUCUUGCAGAAAGCAAAGGCUCAAGAAAUUAAACACGAGAAAUUACUUGUCCAGGAUGAGUAUCAGAAGCUCCUUGAUCAAGUAGACUCGGUGUUGUCUGAAGUGGAAAACGAACUCGCGUCGCAUGCUGAUAGUAAGGAAGAAUGGUGGUUGUGCUGUGCUCAGUUUACUGUGGCAGACAUCACACUCUCAGUAUUACUGGACCGACUGUACAGGCUUGGCCUGGAGGAGUAUUUCUGGGCAAAUGGUAAAAAGUCGCACAUUUCUAAGUAUUAUGAACGUGUCCAAAAGCGAGAAUCAUUUAGGAAAACAGUGCCUUCAUUGUUGUUUCAUUUGAAGAUGUUGUUGACAAUGCAAGCACCAACUUUCAUUGGUAUUGGUGUUGUUACUGCUGUGGCAAUUGUCAUUGGUGGUAUCUUAUUUUUCAGGAAGACUGUAUAGUGUAUAAAUUUUCUAGUAAUUUCAGACAGGAUAUAUAUUUUGUAUGUCUUUACGUGUAUGUUACAGAUCAUUCCUGACUCAGAAAUGUUAAAGUUGAAUGUUAAUCUUGUAGAAGUCAGUUGGAUACUUAAUUAAAUUUGUGUGUCGGUCUUACUAGUUACGGAGUACUUGUUGUGUGUUAAUGUCUUCCACAGAGAAUGCAGAGCAGUGACACAUGAAUAAUCUUGAAUUGUUUGUGUGUAUACAUAUUGUGAGAUUAGAUGUGGCUGUGGUUAUUUAUUGCAUGUAAAGCAAAAAUUCAAUUUCACCCGAAGAAAAGUUCUGAAAUGUCUGCCAGAGGUGCUUUUAAUGCAUCAUUGAAGCUGAAUGAAAGUGGGUAAUGCGGUAAGAUACCUAGUACCCAACUACACUUUUUAUCUACCUUUUUUAAUGUUGGAUGUCUUUGUUUCUCCAUUUUGAUUGUAUGAAUAUUUUUAAAAUUCAAGACAGUCAUUCUUAAGAUAUUUUGGUCACCUACAUUCAAAGUUUGUACAAAGAAGAACAUUGUCUUGCAAUUUUCAGAAAAGGUUGUGUUCAUCAUUAUUUAAUUUGGAUGUUCUGCAGGGAGUAAUGACACAGAGGUAAAUGUUUGUGCACAUCGUUGACAGGUCUUUUCAAUACUGCCACAUUAUGCAGUUGUAGAGUGGAAUAUGUUAUUCAGUCAAAGUGUGAACACACACUGAGCACUUGCAAAUGACCAUUUAAUUCAGUGACAUCAACUUGUGAUAAUACAUACUUAAGAGAUUAAUAUUAUGAUGGCAGUUAGUUUGUGCUUUUCUCGUUAUUCAAACAUGAUCUGUUUCCUGCAAUGCAUAGAAAGAUAAUACACAAGAAACAAGCAAUCCUAUGUAUGUAAAGCAGCACAUUCCUCCUUCAUAAACAAAUACAGUACCUGUUCUGCGAUUUUGGCAGACAUGCACAAAUUUGUAUUGAUUUUAAUAUAAUGUAACAAAAACUAAAUAAUUUGCAAGUUUCUAACAAGUCUAGUCUGCAUUUGACUGUAUUUAGCAUUGUGUGUCGAGCUUGCACCUUGAAUUUGCAAUUUAUUUCCUUGAAAAUAGUAUGUGUUGCAUUAUUACAAUGAAUUUUUGCCCCCCCCCCCCCCCACCCCCCCAAGGUAUUGUGAUUAACUUCCCAUGAUGAAAUUGUGGACUUUUUUAACAUUUCUUCUAACUUGUUGCUGGAAACAGAAACAUAAGAAAUUUGCAAGUCACUCUCAGUAUUUAUAAUACAUGAAGUUCAAUUGUAAUCAGUUUUGAAAUAAGAUAGAUAUGUAUUUCAAGAGCAGUCAUCAAAUUGUCAGAACUGAUGUGCCAAACAAGCAUGCCAUAUCAUAAUUUAAUGAGUGUAAAUCUUCUGAGUAGUUGCAUAUGGAUGCAUCCAGAUUGAUAAAUAUAAAAUUUUAAGUCGAGCAGUGUCUCAUAAAGAAUGGAAAUGCUUUAAUAACUGUCAUUGGCAAUAUUUAAAAGAUGGUUUAAAACAGAUUUUUUGUGCAUUUCUGCAUCAUGUUGAAAUUUGUCAUGUUAUUGUAAUCCAUCUUCUGUUAUUUAUAUUGAUUAAGUAUUUUGGUUUCAAUGGAUUGCUGCUUAGAAUGACGUGUGGCACAAUUUUAGCCAGAUCUCAAACUUCAGCUGGUGACAGACCAUGUAAAUAUAAUUCAACAGAAAAUACACAUUCCAUUAAUGUGAUUGUGUAGCUAUUUGCAUAAUGUGCCUUUGCUCAAAUGUGAAUCUCAAAAAAAUUUUCUUGUAAAAGUGCCUUAAUGUUUGUUAAUAAAAUGUUUCAGUAAA